GCCAACUUUGUUUUGGGUCCGUAACCCUUUCCCACAACAACUUUGUCUUCUACGUCGAAGUCUUCGUCAGUCUUUACUUCCGCAGUGCCCCGUGGACAGCUGUGUCACCGUCCAGGCCCGGGAGGUUCUACUCGUUUCUAAUGACGAAGUAUGUCCCUCGUCGAGGCGGCGGCGGCUCUCGACCGGCUGCUGCUGGGGCAAAGCGAAGGGGGCGCCACCCCCUCCUCAAAUCUACCCCCUACGCGCCCCCUCCCGAUACGUCCGAUGAUGGCAACCUCCUACCGAUGCUCUUCCCGAAUGCCAGUUCUUCCAGGGGAAGGCAAUGUAGCACACCUACGGGAAGAUCCUUCCCCCCGAUGAUCCUCCCCUGGGAGAACCUCGAAGAGGAACCUCGCGCGCCCUUCUACAGGCCGCUUUCUCCGCUGCCAUCUCCAAUCUCGAUUCCUUCCCCGUCUCUUCCAGCUCUCCCCCCUCCUCCUCCUGCAGCUCCAACUCGCACACAGUACCCUCCCGACUGGAUGGUAGCGCAGGACACGGCGUGGCCCUUCGAGGAUGAGAACUCGCCCGAGCGCCAGGUCGAGGUCCUCGAAGUCCUCUCGCAGUCCGCGAAGACUGCAGACGACUUCCCGAAGAGGUCGUCCAAGAGUAGCAGGAGGAGGAGGAAGGGGAAUCAUCGCGCCUUCUCGGAGAGCGCUGCCAGUUGCACGCCCCUGGACGAGGACUUCGUGCCCUUGGACCCCGAAAAGUACAAGACUGAGCUGUGCCGGUCCUUCCAGGUUCAUGGCAACUGCAGGUGCAACUACGCCCAUGGUCUUCAGGAGUUAAGGGGAGCCUCCCGCCACGGUAAAUACAAGACGCGCAAUUGCCAGUCCUACCACCAGACAGGUUACUGUCGGUAUGGAGCCAGAUGCUCCUUUAUCCACGAUCCUGAAGAAGGCAUCUUGAAGUGUUCUAUUGCUAACAAAGAGGUCUUGGCAGCACUGCAUUACCACCCGUCCAGUGAAGAAUUUCCUCAUACUGCCAACAUUACUUGGAGGUUCCUUGAAACAUCUGGCAACACCAUUCCUGAGAUACAUUUGAUAAGCUCUACACCUUCCAAAGCAUGCCAGUCAGUUCAGAAUCCUCCUGACACAGUGGAAAAGCUAUUGUAUUCACCUAACUCACUCCAGGGCCAAAUAAAUUUUUUGAUAAGCUCUGAUGAUGUCUAUGAUGACAACAGGUUCUUCACUUGCACCCUUCCAGUGUGUAAUGAGGUGACUGCUUUGAAUUCUGCCAUCCUACUGGAGGAGAACCUCAGUCUUCUUCGAUCUCUUCAGUCGGGUGAACAGCUGAACAACAACUCGGAUUCUUUUACAUCUAAAACAGAAGCCAAAUCUUUUUUCUCUCCAUUGAGUGCUACUGUUGUUGUAAAUCAGAUAAAACCAAGGAAUAGUUCUGAAUGCAGUCAAAGAUUUCCACUGGAAAGUUCAGAUAUAUCUCCCGUGAGUCUUUCUCCAAUUGAAAAAGUAAUAAUAAAAGAACUAAGCUCAGAGAGUGAAGCACCUGACGAGGUCUCUGCAGCACCAUCAGAUUACCCUACUGAAGUUAAUUGCCAAGAGAUAAAAGAUCUCGAUGUUGUUCAGACCAUCUUGCGAGAAGCUCCAUUGUACUCUGCUACAGUUUGGAGUGAUGGUACAGAUAACUGGCUUGCAAACUCUGAAAAUGCGAAUGCUGGUGCUCAUUCUGAACAAUCUGGGAGUGCUACGAUAGACAUCCUUCAGACUAAAAAGAGUUUCUACAGUAAAGUAAAAGAAUAUAACACUGGAAAGCGAAGAAUGAAAAAUUUAUUCCGAAGGAAGAGGAAAACUGGACGAAGGUUUGAGUCUGAGGACAGCGAAAAUAUGGAAAUCCUUGAUACUUGUCAUGACGAAGCCCAAAAUGAUAAUGUAUUUUCUGGGGAGAGUGGAAAUGACAGUGAUGAAUUGGAGGUUUCCACAGGUGCUGCAGGAGGAGAUGGAAAUGACUGGUCUGAGAAGAGUAGCCUUCACUUAGCGGACUUGCUGCGAUCUCUGCGUCUGAGAGAAGGUAGCAACCACCUCUUGCCGUGGUCCAAACCUGGUCGAAGAUGCUCUUCAGAUGGGUCUUCUGCUGGGCCUCUGUCUGUGAAUGACGCUCGCUCUUCUCCAUCGUCCCCGGCGAGCCCUCGUCAGCACGACAUGACGAAGUAUAAGACAGAGUUGUGUCGGUCUUUUCAGUACAAUGGAUACUGCAGUUACGGGGAUGCCUGCUUGUAUGCCCACGGCCAGAAUGACCUCAGGUCUUAUCCAAAACACCCCAUGUACCGCACAAAGCAGUGCUUCAGCUUCCAUAACAAAGGCUUCUGUCUGUAUGGAAGUCGCUGCCAGUUCUUGCACGACCUCGAGUGAUCGUGGCAGAAUCUUCGUCUCCACUUGAUAUUGAAGAGAGUGGAUAAAACUUCUGGAGAUCGUUGCUAAACUUUAAUCUUAACCAGGACUUUUAUUUGGAUUAAGUAUUUAUAUCAUCCAAAUUGAGGUCAGCCAAAAAAAAAAUAUUUAUUUUUUAAUGAUGGAGGUAGACUGUGCCACCUACUGAAGUAUCUUAGCAUGCGGACUCCGGCAGAUGGCAUUGUCGAUGGGAAGAUGAGAAGAGGAGCCUAUAAUAAUAAAUAUAUAUAUAUGAUGAAAAGGAGAAUAGGAAUAUGCCUUUCCUUUAUAUCGAUAAUUGUAUAUUUUAGUUACCUGACGUCUUGAGUUAGAAAGGUUAUUUAUUUAUAAUUUUUCUGUUCUGAUGUUAUACACUCCCAGUAGGUGUUAGAUAAUUUGUAUUUAUAUGGUAUUUAAAUUUAUUUCUAUAACUUAUUUAAUAAAUGAAUUGCAUGAGA